GCAGAAAUUGAGAAGCAGGAGAAGGAGGACCGAGUGUGUGAGUUGGAAUUUAUUCUGAGUGAAGUAAUGGUUAAUAAGAAACUGGUCAAGGAGCUUAGCAUGGAUGAUAUGCAAGACUUGCGGGGGGUUGUAGAUGACAAAUUGAAAGAAAUUUGCCAAGUGCAUGGAGUUGUUAAGGAUAACAACUUCGGAGAAGCUAGUGGGGAGAAGAAUUAA